AUGCCGAAAAGCAGCAGGGAGCGGUUCAGUCCGGACCCGUCCGUUCAGAUCUCCAGAAUGAACGUGAUCAUCCCGUUCUCCGCGGACGUGCCGUGCGACAGUCACGGGCAGAGGAUGUGGUGGGCUUUCCUCGCCUCGUCCAUGGUCACUUUCUUUGGGGGACUUUUUAUAAUCCUGCUGUGGAGAACCUUCAAAUACCUGUGGACCGUUUGCUGCCAGUGUAAAGCCAAGAAAAAGGAGGUUCACCGUGGGACCACCGCUGAGGUGCUGAAGCGAGGAGAGAAGGAUGACGCUGCGGUCAGUGAGGUGGGAUGGAUGACCUCUGUCAAAGACUGGGCCGGGGUCAUGAUCUCAGCCCAGACACUCACCGGGAGAGUCCUGGUCGUCCUGGUUUUCGCCCUCAGCAUCGGCGCUCUGGUCAUUUACUUCAUUGAUUCCUCCGACCCCAUCGAAUCCUGUCAGAACUUCUACGAAGACUUCACUCUGCAGAUCGACAUGGCCUUUAAUGUGUUUUUCCUGCUUUACUUUGGCCUCAGGUUCAUCGCAGCCAAUGAUAAGCUCUGGUUCUGGCUGGAGGUGAACUCUGUGGUGGACUUCUUCACUGUUCCUCCCGUCUUCGUGUCUGUGUAUCUCAACAGGAGCUGGCUCGGUCUGAGGUUCCUCAGGGCCUUGAGGCUAAUUCAAUUUUCUGAAAUCUUACAGUUUUUGAACAUUCUAAAGACAAGUAACUCGAUAAAACUGGUCAACCUGUGUUCCAUCUUCAUCAGCACAUGGCUGACCGCAGCGGGCUUCAUACAUCUGGUGGAGAAUUCUGGGGACCCAUGGGAGAACUUCCAGAACUCGCAGGCGCUGUCGUACUGGGAGUGUGUGUACCUCCUGAUGGUUACCAUGUCGACGGUGGGCUACGGCGAUGUUUACGCAAAGACCACACUCGGGCGACUCUUCAUGGUCUUCUUCAUCCUCGGAGGACUGGCCAUGUUUGCCAGCUACGUCCCUGAAAUCAUAGAGUUAAUAGGAAACCGCAAGAAAUACGGCGGUUCGUAUAGUGCCGUAAAUGGUCGAAAGCACAUCGUCGUCUGUGGCCACAUUACUCUGGAAAGUGUGUCCAACUUCCUCAAAGACUUCCUACACAAGGACAGGGAUGAUGUCAAUGUAGAAAUCGUUUUUCUCCAUAAUAUUUCCCCUAAUCUUGAGCUGGAAGCCUUGUUCAAGCGUCACUUCACUCAGGUGGAGUUUUACCAGGGCUCUGUCCUGAACCCACACGACCUGGCCCGCGUCAAGAUCGAAUCGGCCGAUGCCUGUUUGAUUUUGGCAAAUAAAUACUGUGCUGACCCUGAUGCUGAGGACGCCUCCAACAUCAUGAGAGUGAUCUCCAUAAAAAACUACCACCCAAAGAUCAGAAUCAUCACCCAGAUGCUGCAGUACCACAACAAGGCGCACCUGCUGAACAUCCCGAGCUGGACCUGGAAAGAGGGGGACGACGCCAUCUGCCUGGCUGAGCUGAAGCUCGGGUUCAUCGCUCAGAGCUGUUUGGCUCAGGGCCUGUCCACCAUGUUGGCCAACCUCUUCUCCAUGAGGUCCUUCAUCAAGAUCGAGGAGGACACCUGGCAGAAGUACUACCUGGAGGGCGUGUCCAAUGAGAUGUACACGGAGUAUCUGUCCAGUGCCUUUGUGGGACUGUCCUUCCCCGUCAUCUGCGAGUUGUGUUAUGUGAAGCUGAAGCUGCUGCUCAUCGCCAUCGAGUACAAGUCUGACCAGAGAGAGAGCAGCACUUUGAUCAACCCGGGGAACCACGUGAAAAUGACAGAGGGGACACUGGGAUUCUUCAUCGCCAGCGACGCCAAAGAAGUGAAAAGGGCUCUGUUCUAUUGUAAAGCCUGUCACGAUGACAUCACUGACCCAAAACGCAUCAAGAAAUGUGGAUGCAAGAAAACUAAGAUGGCCGCCUCCCCGACUGAACGCCUGGCCUGUUGCUUUGGUUCAGGGUGCAUGUCUCUUAGUCACCGUAGUAGCUCGGACGUCCCGCUCUCCGCUGUCUCUGUUAGCUCGGCCCCUAAAAACAGUUAUAACGGAUACAUCAAAUCAAUUGAAGACGACCAACAGUCUGCUCUAUCACCAAAGAAAAAGCAACGCAACGGAAACAUGAGGAACUCCCCAAACUCUUCACCCAAAAUCAUGAGACAUGAUCCUCUGCUGAUUCCCGGGACUGAGCCGAUUGAGAGCAUGGACGAAAAUGUGAAAAAGUACGACUCCACCGGAAUGUUCCACUGGUGUCCGUCUAAAGACAUCGAGAAGGUCAUUCUGACCCGUAGCGAGGCGGCCAUGACGGUUCUGAGCGGUCAUGUGGUUGUGUGUAUUUUCGGAGAUGCAAAGUCGGCUCUGAUCGGAGUGAGGAACUUUGUGAUGCCGCUGAGAGCGAGUAACUUCCACUACCACGAGCUCAAGCACAUCGUCUUUGUGGGGUCUCUGGAAUAUUUCCGCAGAGAGUGGGAUACACUACACAACUUCCCCAAAGUCUCCAUCCUGCCUGGCACCCCGCUGAGCCGCGCCGACCUCAGAGCAGUGAAUAUAAACCUGUGUGACAUGUGUGUGAUCCUGUCGGCCAAUCAGAACAACAUCGACGAUGCGUCUCUGCAGGACAAAGAGUGCAUCCUGGCCUCGCUCAACAUCAAGUCCAUGCAGUUCGACGACAGCAUCGGACUCCUGCAGGCGAACUCUCAAGGCUUCACUCCUCCUGGGAUGGACCGCUCCUCUCCAGAGAACAGUCCGGUCCACGGUUUAGUCAGACAGACUUCAGUCACAACAGGAGCCAAUAUCCCCAUUAUCACUGAGCUAGCGCCUUUAGCAAAACAAGGCAAAAAGCUGCCUGUGAUUUCAUUCAGUCCUGAUAAGAGCAGUGGCACCAGCAUUCAAAUGAUAACUGAACUGGUGAACGACUCAAAUGUACAGUUUUUGGACCAGGAUGAUGAUGACGACCCCGACACAGAGCUGUACCUCACACAGCCCUUCGCCUGUGGGACGGCGUUUGCUGUUAGCGUCCUUGACUCGCUAAUGAGCGCUACUUACUUCAACGACAACAUCCUGACUCUGAUCCGGACCCUGGUGACCGGAGGAGCAACCCCGGAGCUCGAGGGACUUUUGGCUGAAGAGAACGCUCUGAGAGGGGGGUACAGCACCCCCCAAACGCUGGCCAACAGGGACAGGUGCAGAGUGGCCCAACUCGCCCUGUAUGACGGGCCGUUCGCUGAUCUAGGGGACGGUGGUUGCUAUGGCGACUUGUUUUGUAAAGCUCUAAAGACGUACAACAUGCUGUGCUUCGGAAUCUACCGACUCCGAGACGCCCACAUCACCACACAGAGCCAGUGUACCAAACGGUACGUGAUCACAAACCCUCCAUACUCGUUCGAGCUGGUGCCGUCAGAUCUGAUUUUCUGCCUGAUGCAGUUUGACCAUAACGCUGGACAGUCGCGCUGCAGCCUCUCUCACUCCUCUCACUCCUCCCACUCGUCCAAAAAGAGCUCAUCUGUUCACUCCAUCCCCACGGCCAACCGCAUCAACCGCAACAAGAGCCGCGACAAACAAAAUGCGUCUUGGAUGAAUAGAAUGGGCUCAGAAAAGACGUGGUUUACAGAUGAGCCAGAGAACCCCCACCUGAGAAUCACCUCCAUCAAAACAUCAAACACCAGUCUCAACCACAGCAGCCAAUCAAAAUCCAGCAGCAUCCAAAUCCCACCAAUCAGAGAGGCCGAAAAUGAAUGCUGACGAUUGGCAUUCAAAACAGUCCUCAGAAUGGCCUCCAAGAAAUUUUAUUCAACUGAUUUCAUUUUUUUUUUUUUUUUUUUAUGUUUCGGUGAAAGACACAUUAGCCAAUCAAAAUCCAGCAGCACCUUCAACCCACCAAUCAGAGAGGUCGAAGAUGAAAGCUGACGGUUGACAUUCUAACCCUUCCCCAAAAUGGCCUCCUAGAAAUUGAGACACAUCAGCCAAUCAAAAUCCAACAGCAGAAGGAUGGCAACCAGCAUUCAAACGGUCCUCAAAACAGUCCUCAAAAUGGCCUCCAAUAGAUUGUUUCCCUCAAUUUUUAUGUUUUGGUGAAAGACACAGCAGCCAAUCAAAAUCCAGGAACAUCCUCAACCCACCAGUUAGAGCGGCCGAAGACGAAUCCUGAUGAUCGGCAUUCAAAUGGUCCUCAAAACAGUCCUGAAAACGGUCCUCAAAACAGUCCUGAAAACGGUCCUCAAAACAGUCCUGAAAAUGGUCCUCAAAACAGUCCUGAAACGGUCCUCAAAAUGGUCUCCGCAGCAUCUACUUGAUAAAAUUUUUGGUGAAAGACAAUCAAACUAAAAACUCCAGGACUUCAUUAGAUGGAGAAUGGAGUUAAGUGGAACAAUAUUUUUUUCAAGUGUUGCCUUUUAAACUGUCAUUGAACAACGUCUGUGUAAUAGUGAUUCUAUGUAGGCUCUGCUCUGUAUUACAUUACCAAAAAUGGCAUGUACCAUUCCUUUGCCAUUCUAAACAUUUAUUCACAACAUUUGUGACAGUUAAAGAGGCCAGAGUCCCUAAAAUGGCGCCUGGCUCCAGCCUUAUAAUCUACAGAUUGUGUGUUUUUACUUGUCUUAGAAAUCUGCCUUCAGAAAUGUGCUACAUGUUUUUGUGUCACAGUUUGGGUUGAAACGUCCAAAAGAAGGAGCCAUGUUGAGAAGUUGGAAAGCGGCCCCAAAACAGAUACACGGUACACUUGGACAGUACACUUGAACAGUGAUGAAGUGCAUUUUGUUCCACUGUACAAAGAAAAUGGGACCAAAACAAAUCCAUGUUUUUAAAUCCUUAUAAGCCAUAUGGACGGCCAUUUUGAUAAUGUCUGUUUCUUCAUCAGAAACGUGGAGUUUUUGUUUCGUUUACACGUUUCGAUUAAUGUGCAGAUUAUCUCCCUCUUUAUAACGUAAAUUAUUAUUACAUUUAAGGUGUCAAAAUAGAUUCUAAAGUUUAUAUAUUGAAUUGUAUGAGAUCCCAAAUAUGCAACUUUAAAAUCCAAGAAUUUAAUGCAAAAUCUCUAUGUUCAAACUGUUGAGCCACAUUCAAGCCAAACGUUGCAUAUUACGCUGAUAAAAAUAACAAUAAUAAUAACGCUGAUAUUAAAGGCCCUGUACCUCAUUUUUCCCAUUAAUUUGAGCAAAAUGUUUCUUACCCAAGUACAGAUCUCCUAUAUAAGCUGCAGCUUAUAAGCGUUUUAUUGUCCAAUAAUCAGAAGUGUGCACUUUGCAUGCUAGUUGUAGCAUGCUAAUAGGUACAGCGCCUUUAAUCUAUUAUGAGUGAUAUCAACACUACUUUCAACAAUCUGUAUUUUUUUCUAUGAUUUUUCUUUACGUACAAACACACAGUUUAUAGAAGUGACUGAGGAGUGUGACGUCACCCAGAGCGGUUGGUUCAAAACAACCGAAGCUAAUUGAGGCUAGCAGUUAUAGCGGCCAAGCUGCAGCCAGGGCCCAUUUUUAGAAAACCGAGUGCACAACCAGAGAGCCAAUCAGGAGCGAGGCUGAUGAAGGUACACGUCCCUUCCACUUAGCAAUGUGGCACAACAGCUGUCAAUCAAACCUGUCGCUAACGCUAGCUAGAUACGUCUAUGCUUACAACCAAUAUGAACUUUCCUCGUACUUUUGGGGCAGCCAUGCAAACUUUCUGAGCUUUUAUGAAUGUUUAACUCUGACCAAUAGCCAGAUAUGAUAGAGCUGUUCUGUUCAUUCCCUCCACUCACAUGAGCCAAACUUGACCAUGCUAAAGCGCCAUAUUUGAAUAUUUUUAACCGUUUAAAGCCACAAAUCGCAUAAAGUGGGCGUUUCCCUUAAGUCCUCCAUUGGCUGUAAGCACUGCCUGACACAGGGUCGUCUUGGAGUCGCAUGUUCUUCAUGAUGGAUCUAAAAAAAUUCCAUUAACUUCAUAAACAAACAGCUCUAUCAUAUACGAGCGUGGCUGUGCACACCUGUCAUUCUGAUCACAUAUCAUGUGUUUUUUGUUAUGU